AUGGCAUCCUCCGAUGAUUUCGGUCUCCCACAAGAAUAUUCCCUCCAUUUCGGUUAUCCUUCCGUCGCCCACUAUCUGGGUCUUCGCUCCGCGACCGGUCUCUCCCCCAAAACACCAUCGCAAGCGGCAGCAAUAUCGACCGGAAGUUGGUUCGGGUGCUAUAUCACCUUUGAUGAUGCAGGACAUGGAUCGCAAAUAAUAGGGAUGGGUCGAGUGAUUGGAGAUGGCGGCUGGUAUUUUCAUAUCGCGGACAUGGCUAUUCAUCCUCAACACCAGAAGAAGGGGCUCGGAGAUAUUGUUUUGAAAGUGUUGCUUCAAAGGAUUAAACAGGAGGCACCAACGGAUGGCAAGCCUUAUAUAUCAUUAUUUGCUGACGAAGCUGGGAGACGACUAUAUUUCAAAAAUGGCUUCGUUGAAGCAGCCCCGGGACAAAUGGGAAUGGUCUUGAAGUCCUAG